UCCUGGCUGUUGAGCGCGUGAGCUGCGAGGCUGUUUCGGCGUGUUCGUGUUUAUCUGCAGCUUCGAGUGUGUGUCGAUCGGUAUGAAGAGAGAUUCUGAUCGAUGUAUUGAUCGGGUUUCAAUAAGGAAACAAGUUCACGGUGCCAAGUAUGUGACUCAGUGACGUCCUCCCUGUGUUGGCCUCUCACCAAGUCUGUCAGCAGAAAGAGGAGCUCUGCAGUUGUCAGCCUGUGAAGGGGCAAAGUCCUUCCAAUGUCUUUAGUGGAGGAUAUUCUGGAUGUGCUGCGCGCCGUGCUGGAGUACUUUGGCGUGGAACCAGACAUGCUGGUCCCAGUGUGGGACAGUCAGCAGUGCGGUCAGUAUCGCAGCAUUGUGCGGAUGAUUGGGACAAAUCUCCCACUUACACCGACACCUCGUCUUCACUUCCAGGUCCCUUUGCUCGGCUAUAAGCCCAAUGGAUAUGCUGACGUCCCCGUGGAAACGCCUGCCAUCCCCUCAUUCGCUGACGUCAUGUGGGUGUUUGAGGACGAAGGGGAAAGUUUUGCUAAGACCAGGAACCAUCUACCUCCGAAGAAGCAAAGCACUGUAAAUCGAGAUGUGGUGAGACACCCGGGACCGGCCACAAGGCAAACCCAGAGAGGAGGCAGAGCUGUGAGACAGAGCGCUGAUCCAGUGGCCCUGAAGAAGAUCACAGCACUGGAGAGCGAGCUGCUUCAGCUUCGAGCUCAGAUAGCCAUGAUUGUUACCGCCGCUCCAUCCUCAGGUGUGACCGAGUUCCAUAACGCCCCGGGAACACCUCAGAUGUGUGCUCAGCCGACUCUGACCUCCACACCUCGCGCUGCUGCUCCUCCACCACCACCUCCGCCGCCUCCUCCUCCUCCCCCUCCCUGCACCUCUACUGAGACCUUGUCUAUGGUAGACCUGAUCCGCCAACGAAAGAAUAACGAGAAAGCCCCCAGUAGGGGGGUGGAAGUAAAAGGGAUCCCCUCCAUGCUGGAUGUUCUCAAGGACAUAAGCCAAGUGACAUUGCGCACGGUGGAGAGGUCACCAGGGGGCACACCAGUCAGGAGGAGACGCAGUAAGGGAGGGGGGGCACUGCUCAAUGACCCAGCAGCUCUUAUCGCAGAAGCGCUAAAGAGAAAGUUCGCCCAGUAUCGCCAUAACAACUCGUCCGACAAAGAGAAUUCCCUCGAACUCUCACCCUUUGGCAGCCCGGACACGCCUAAGGUCCCUCACCACGCCAGACGCAGUCAGGGACGACGUCACCUGAUGUCCCAUUAAUGAUCACCUCUGAGCCCGAAAGGUCAAAAGUAAGACAGCCCAACAGCCAAUCACAGCUGCCACAGAUUGGACCAAACGCUUGAUGCUGACUUGUUUUUUUCAUUGCUGGGAGGUUUGAAUGUAUGUCUUUGUCAAGGUUAAUGCUGUAAGCAAGGGUAAUAGUGUUGUUUUGUCUUAUUUGUGAGUUCCAUUCUUAUGUUUCCAGUGUUUUUUAUACUGGUAUGUUUGUGUGCAGAGCUUCUUUUUAAAGGAGAUAACGUAUUUAAAGGAGACAUAUUUUGCUCCUAAGUGGAGUUGUUACUUGAAAAGGUUCACAUGCUCGAAUGCUCAGAAAACCCAUCACUUUCCUCAUACUGUCUAUCGCUGCUGCUCCUCUUUUCAGCCUCUGUCUGAAACGCUUGCUUUUAACUCCUGUCUCUUUAAGAACCCCCUCCAGUAAGCCCAGGCUGCUCUGAUUGGCCUGAUGGCCCACUCUGUUGUGAUUGGUGAACAGUUUCCAUCGUGUGUAGGAAAGGACUAUGCUUGACCUGUUUUUGUUCGGGGGCACAGGCCGUUUACGUGCACAAAAAAACCUACACACUAUGGAAAGGAUAACAUGUCUCCUUUAAACAGUUAUACACUGUAGCUUGUAGCUACCUGCCCUCUAGUAUCUCAAAUCGCUUUAUGAGGGUUUGAUCUCAACCAAUUGAAAUAAACAACAUUGUGUUUUAAGAUUCAUGUAGCUUUACUCUAUGCAACCGCAGUUUCAGGUAUUUUUGUUUUGUAGAAAUGUUCAAAUGCACUAAUGUUUAUUUGUUGUGCUUCCUGAUGUGUGUCCAAAUCCCUGUAAAUGUAAUAAUUUUAUUGUUUGAAUUGAGGCUCAAACUGCUGCAGGACAUUGUGCAAAUGACGACGUAAUUUUACACUGUUGCGUUCUGGGCCGUUUUUAAGCAUAUGUGAGUUGGUGUUGUCCAGGCACGAUAAUACGAGGAAUAGGAAAUAUUUUUUAAUCGCACAGGAGCAGAAACCAGAAUGAAUCAUAACAUGGAUUAA